UCUUGGUGCAAGUCGUUCGCGCGUUUUGUUUGAAAAUAUUGUUGAAAUAGUGCUAUUGAUAGUAAAUUUCUAUCCACAAUGGCUAAACCUAAGAAGGAUAAACAUCCCAGCAAUGGAGUGUCGAAAAAACAGCCAGUCGACGACAGUGGUGAACCGUCGAAAAUAUGGAAAGACGAGCGGUUUGCACACCUUGUGAAUGAUCCACGUUUCAAGGGAAUUCCGAAGACGGAGAAGAGGGUAAAGAUAGACAAACGCUUCCAAUCGAUGUUCAAAGACGAAAAGUUCAACGUGAAGCACACCAUCGACAAGUACGGCCGGAAGGUAAAACAGACCGAGAGCAAUGAGCUGCGGAAGUAUUACGAGCUGGGAUCGUCUUCCGAAGGGGAAGACGAGAUGGAUAAAAAGGAGAAGGAGGAGGAGGAGGAGGAGGUUGAUUCUGACUCGGAUGGGCUGGAAUUGGAUGCCGAGGAGAAAGCGAUGGCAAUGCCGGAUAAGGUGAAAUCGAGAUUGGAAGAUUUGGAGAUUGAUUACGCCAGAGGAGAGGGUGCCAUUGCGUCGGAUAGUUCUUCGGAUGAUGACUCGGCGGAUGAAGGUGACGAUGGGGAGGAGAUGUUUAUCGAACAUGUUUGGGGAGAGCUGGAUGCCGACGCGGAGCGGACUGAAGAGUCGACGGCGAGAUUGGCGCUUUGCAACCUCGAUUGGGACCGGGUUAGAGCGGUCGAUAUAAUGGUCAUGUUAAAUUCAUUUCUCCCGAGAGGGUCGAUGAUUCUGAGUGUCACGAUCUAUCCGUCGGAGUUCGGUAAGGAGAGAAUGAAGGAGGAAGAGGAACAAGGACCACAGGAAUUGACGGCUCCGAAGGCGGAUGAGUCGGACGAAGAAGAUCUGGACGAGGAAGAACUCAAGGAGAAGCAACUGGAGCGCCUUAGGGAGUAUCAACUAAAUCGACUCAAGUACUACUACGCAGUGGUCGUAUGCGACAACAUUGACACGGCCGAUAAGCUGUACAAGGAAUGUGAUGGGGUUGAGUACGAAAGCACCGCGAACAAGCUGGACCUCCGAUUCAUUCCGGACGAUAUGGAAUUCGAUGAUGAACCGAAAGAAAAGUGCACCGAACUGCCGGAGGUGGGAAAGUAUGAGCCUAGGGUGUUCAUCACGUCGGCAUUGAACCAAUCGAAGGUAGAACUGACCUGGGAUGAGAACGAUGUGGAUCGGAAGGAGUUUAAUGAGAAGAUUCGCGCUGGAAAGCUGACCGAAGUGACGGACACCGAUUUAAAGAAGUAUGUGGCGUGCAGCAGCAGCGAAGAGGAAGACGAGAAAGAAGCGAGUGAGGCGGAAGAACAAGAAAAUGAUUCCGACGAAGAUAACGAACUGGUCGAAAAGGGCAAUACAAAGUCUAAAAAACAAGACAUGAUUGCCAAAUACAAGGCGCUACUAGGGGAAAUCAAGGAACAGGAGGAUAAGGAGAAGGAUGAAAAAGUUGCGAUGGAGUUCACUUGGAAGGUGAAUGAGGAAGAUCAAGAGGAUCAGGGGUCGGAACCGGAGACGGAGAAAAAGAAACGGGACAACGUAAAUCCGUUUGAAAAGAUCCUGGAGAAGGCCAAAGAGAAGAAAAAACGUCGCAAGGAGCUGAAAAAGAAGAAGAAACGAGGCGAACUGAACAGCGAUGGUGAAACAAACGAGGAUGAAUCGGAGGACGAUUUGCCGUAUGGAGUUGAUUUGAAUGAUCCCUUCUUUGCCAAUGCCUUCGACGAGAAGGAAUUCGAUGUAAAGAAACCCAGCACAAAGGAUAAAAAGAAGAAAAAUCGAGAACAGGAAGAGGAAAACGAAGAAGAAUCCGCUCGCAAACGAGCGGAGCUGGAAUUGAUGCUGGACGAUGGCGAGGACGACAAGAGCCACUUCAAUUUGAAGGCUAUCCAAGAGCACGAAAUCGAUUUGAAGUCCGUGUCCAAAUCGAAACGGAAACGAAUCCUGAAGAAGAGCAAGAAACAGAUUGAAGAACAACGACAGCUGAGUACAACCGGAGACGACUUCGAGAUCGAUGUGGACGAUGAUCGGUUUAGGGCAGUUUACGAGAAGCCGGAAUUCAAUAUCGAUCCAACGAAUCCAUCAUUUAAGAAAACGAAGGGAGUGGAGAAGCUGAUACAGGAGAAACUGAAGAAGCGACCCUUGAAGGAUAAUGAUAUGCCGGAUGCGGAAGAAGAACCGAGAGAAUCCAAGAAGCCGAAGAAGGAUGUGACCACCAGUCUGUUGGUGAAGAGUAUCAAGCGGAAAAUCGGAAAAUGAUUGUAAGUACGGUUAUGUUUGUUUCUGUAUAAGCUUAAGGGAAUGCAAUGUAUUGCAUAUUUGGA